AUGCAGACGUCUCAGAUAUCCGACACGCAGGCUUCCGAGAAAUCAGACCAGGAGAAGCAGUUGUCUCCCGUGCGCACCGCUGAAUCUGUUCAUCAGGGUCAGAUCACGUCCGAUGAACAGGAGCAGGGGGACUUACACCGAGAUUUCAGUCCACGGCAUAUUCACAUAAUAUCCCUAGGCUCUAGCGUGGGCAGCGGGCUUUUCAUCGCGACUGGCAAGGCGUUAGCAACCGGCGGCCCCGGCACUAUGUUCCUGGCUUACUUGAUUGUAUGUACUGGAGUUUGGUCCAAUCUCCAGAGCCUGGGUGAGAUGACCAUCGCUUUCCCUGUUUCUGGUAGCUUCGUCAACUAUGCUGGUCGAUGGGUUGAUCCUGCUCUAGCCUUUGGUGCAGGUUUUGCCGAAUGGCUCGUCUCGAUCUUUCUAUGCAUUUGUCUUGUGGUCUUCUUCCUCCCGAACAAGUUCUUCGCCUGGCUUCAAUCCAUUGGAUCGCUUGUCAAGAUCAUUCUUUUCGUCUUCGUUAUUUUCCUCUCUCUUGCAUUGAUCGCUGGCGCCGGCCCCACCGGAUCUGUCAAAGAUGGAAGCUAUUGGCGUGAAGGAAAGGCAUUCCAGAACGGAUUCAUGGGCUUUGCGAGUUGCGCACUUCUAGCUAUCUGGGCAGUUGGCGACCAGGUCUUCAUUGGCGUCAUGGGAGGAGAGGCCAGCUCGCCAAGAUAUUCGAUGGCCCACGCGUCAACUCUGGUCCCGAUACGUGUCAGCUUCAUGUAUCUGGUCUCCGUUAUCUUUAUCGGCAUCAUAGUCCCAUCAGAUGACCCCCUUCUCCUCGGCGGAUCUGGCUCUGCGGCCUCGCCUUUCGUCAUCGCAACGCGGAACUCAGGCCUGGCGGGAAUUCCAGACUUCAUCAAUGUCUGCAUGAUCAUUGGCAUAUUGGCCAUUGCGCUGGAGUCGAUAUAUCUUCCCUCUCGGAUCAUCCGUACCAUGGCUUUUCAAGGUCUGCUUCCGGAGGUUCUGGCAAAGUGCGACGACAAAGGCCGUCCUCGAUGGGCUCUUUUCAUCAGCGCCAUUGUGGGUGUUAUCUUGAGCUACCUCAGCUUGAGCAGUGAAGGUGGUGGAACCACGGCGUUGAAUUGGUUCAUUUCGAUCACGAGCGCCUCAUUUUUCAGCAACUGGGCCAUCAUUGCUUUGACGAACUUGAGGUUUCAUGCUGCUUUGCGAGCACAGAACGACAAGAUAUUUAGCCAAAACUUUGCCUGGAAGUCUAUCGCCUGGCCGUUUGCACCCAUCUGGGGUCUCAUUAUAUCCUCAAUGCUUCUGGUCUGUCUGGUUUAUGCGGCUGUUAACCCUUCGACCGAUUUCUCGGCCGAGAACUUUUUCGAGUACAUGAUCGGCCUUCUCAUGAUCGUGGGUGCUACGAUUGGCUACAAGCUCGUCAGGCGCUCGCGUUGGGUCGAUCCAGCGGAAGCUGACUUGGUAACCGGGCGGCAUAUGCUGACAGACGAAGAAAUUCAAUUUCUCAACGAAUACUACAGUAGACCUUUGUGGAGGAGGGUGAUGACUUACCUGUCAUUGGUUUGA